CCCCCCCCCCCCCCCCCCCCCCCCCUUGUUGUGGCCUUGAGAUUUCAUCUGUUAAUAAAAAAAAUAAAAGAUCCAAAAUUGAGGAUUUUCUGCCUCUGAUUUCCCCGGGGGGUGGGGGGGUGAUUCUGGGGGGGACCUGAUCUUGGGGGGGCAGUACUGUGAGCCCCACCCAGCAGGGGACAAUUGAAGCCUGUUCUAACUGGCCACCUCCCAGCCCAGAGCCAGCUGCGUCUGGGUGACAGGUGGGGGCGCCAGGCCUCUGGUUCUGGGGGGUGGUGCUGGGAACCCGGAUGUCUGGGUUCUCCCCCUGUGGUGUUAUUUCCGGACGUGCCGGGAACAGGUGUGGGACAGCGGGGGGUGCAGAUCCAAUGUCACUCCCGCCCCGGAACCAGCCGCAGCCUUAAAUCCCCCCGGGGGCCACGGCAGAGACCUGACAAAGGGCCAUGGAAGGGCAGGGGCUGGUGCUGCUGGGGGCCACACUCUUCUGCCUGGGGGGAGCAGGUGGGAAUGAGGAGCGCCGCCUCUUCGAGACCCUGUUCUCUGGCUACGACCCCAGCACCCGCCCAACCCGGAGACCCCAGGACCCAGUGACUGUAGAGCUGCAGCUCACACUGACCAACCUCAUCUCAUUGAAUGAGAAGGAGGAGACACUGACGACCAACAUCUGGAUCGAGAUUCAAUGGGUCGAUUACCGCCUGGAUUACAACAGCAGCGAUUUUGGGGGAAUUGAGUCCCUGAGGGUCCCAUCCACGCUGGUCUGGCUGCCAGACAUCGUCCUGGAGAACAAUAUCGACGGUGGGUUUGAGGUUGCCUACUACUGCAACGUGCUGAUAUACCCAGGCGGGUCUGUAUACUGGCUGCCUCCUGCCAUCUACCGCAGCUCCUGCCCGGUGGCCGUCACCUACUUCCCCUUUGACUGGCAGAACUGCUCCCUACUCUUCAAGUCGGGGACAUAUGGGGGCCACGAGGUUGACCUGCGGCUCUACACAGACACUGUGACAGGGGCUGUGGCUGACAGCAUCACGAUUGACCCUGCAGCCUUCACAGAGAAUGGGGAAUGGGCCAUCCGGCACCGGCCAGCACGCCGGGUUCAGGCAGGGGAGGCCCCGGCUGUGCUCUUCCUUCUGGUGAUCCAGCGCAAGCCACUCUUCUAUAUCAUCAACAUUGUCAUCCCCGUUGUGCUGCUUUCGGCCCUUGGCCUCCUCGUCUACUUCCUGCCUGCGCAAGCGGGGGGGCAGAAGUGCACGCUCUCCAUUUCGGUGCUGCUGGCACAAACAGUCUUCCUCUUCCUCAUCGCCCAGAAGGUGCCGGAGACCUCACUCAGCAUCCCCCUCCUGGGCCAGUACCUAAUGUUCGUGAUGGUGGUGACAAUGUUGGUGGUGAUGAGCUGCGUCGUGGUGCUCAAUGUCUCCCUACGCACACCCAGCACCCACCGCCUGGUUGGGCCCCUGCCUGUGCUGCUGAAGCUGUUGCCCCGAGUGCUGGGUGGGGAGGUGGCUGAGAGGCAGCAGGACCCAGGACCACCCCCCUAUCUGCUGGCAGCUGAGGAGGAGGCACUUAACACUCCUCGCAGUGAGGUCCUGUUCCGGCACUGGCACCUGGGCCCCUCCCUUGGGGGGCUGGAUCCAGCGCGGGAGCUGUGCAUCAGCCUGGCGCAGGCAGCCCCAGCUAUCCGCGAGUGUGUUGCCGCCUGCAACUUUGUGUCGGCCACCAUCCAGGCCCAGAACGAUGCGGACAAUGAGGCAGGGCGCUGGGUGCUGGUGGGGAAGGCGCUGGACACGCUCUGCUUCUGGGUUGCGCUGCUGCUCUUCGCCGCCGGCACCAUUGGCAUCUUCCUGGUGGGGCAGCUCAACCAGGUCCCUGACAAGCCCUUCGCCUAGGCCAGGUAGCGUUGUGUCCGGGUGGGUGCAGCAUCCUUGGGGAGUCAUGGCGCCCAGCCCAAAGCCAGUUGCAUCUAGAGCUUGGCUCUGAUGCACCCUUUUCCCUAUCCUGACCCCCAUCCUUCUCCCCCCAGCCCAUAGGAGCUGGGAUUGGUACCAGCCCUUGCUCUCUGCUAGGACCCUGGUGCUCCUGGCCACAGUGGAGAGCCCUGUUCUACUCACUCAAGAUCUGGCUGCAUCCUGGGCCCAGCUGAACCCCCUGGCUGUGGUUGUCCAUUAAAGGAGUUGCUUCCACCCCACAA